CCGCCGCCUUUCGUCCCCCCGCGCGGGUUUCUGGAGGUAAAUUGAGGGCAACGAGGAGGCCGCGCCUGGCACAAGGGGCACAAGAAGGGAGACAAGGCCGGGCCUGCCGCCCAGUCUGAGCUGCAGGAGGAAGGGGAGCAGGCCGGGGCCCGCGCUGAGGAGUCCCAGAGGUGGCAGAACUUGAACUGGGCCUUGAAGGGAAAGGAUUUGGGGAAAGGCGACACGGGGCAUUCCGGAGGAGAGAAUCAUAUGCCAGAGGGCUCCAGGAGUGGUCAUUGUCGUUCACUUGGCGAACAAUCAGAAAUGAAAUAGUAAUUGAUAGAAAUCUUAUGUGGGAUAGGAUUUAUUCUGCCCAUACUGCUGAACCAAUGAAGAGAAAAUGGGAAGCAAAACUAAAGCAAAUUGAAGAACGAGCAUCUUAUUAUGAGAGGAAACCGUUGUCCUCACUUUAUAAACCAAGAUUGUCCAAGCCAGAAGAACCACCCUCCGUUUGGAAGCUAUUUCAUCGACAAACUCAAGCUUUUAAUUUUGCUAAAAGCUGUAAAGAGGACGUUCAUGUAUUUGCUUUAGAAUGCGAAGUGGGAGAUGGACAACGUAUUUAUCUUGUAACAACGUAUUCUCAACUUUGGUUUUACUAUAAAUCCAGAAGAAAUCUCUUGCACUGCUAUGAAGUCAUUCCUGAAAAUGCUGUGUGCAAGCUUUAUUUUGAUUUGGAAUUUAACAAACCUGCCAAUCCAGGAGCAGAUGGGAAAAAGAUGGUUGCAUUACUCAUUGAGCAUGUUUGUAAAGCACUUAAAGAGUUAUACAGUGUUAAUUGUUCAGCUGAAGAUGUUUUCAACUUGGAUUCUAGCACUGAUGAAAAAUUUAGCCGCCAUUUAAUAUUUCAACUUCAUGAUGUGGCAUUUAAAGAUAACAUUCAUGUAGGUAAUUUUGUAAGAAAAAUUUUGCAGCCUGCCCUUCACCUAAUUGCCAAAGAAGAUGAUGAUAGGAUUCCAGAGAAAACAGGCCGUGAAUUUUCCCAUUUUUCUGAAACACCUGUAAAAGAAGAAACUUCCUUUAACAAAAUGUCCACAGAUAAGGAUACAGGAGAAAGCUGGGCAUCAGAUUCAAGGAAACUGGAGAGGCUGGGGUCAGCUGAGCAAAGAAGUCCUGGUCUUUCAUUUUUAGUUGUGAAGAAUAACAUGGGAGAAAAGCAUCUUUUUGUGGAUCUAGGAGUUUAUACAAGAAAUAGAAAUUUUCGGCUGUAUAAAUCAUCAAAAAGAGGAAAGAGCGUGGCUUUGGAGGUUGCUGAAGAUAACAAAUUUUUUCCUACAGAGCCAAAAAAUAUUUCUGAAGAAAACCAAUAUUUUCUCUCUUCUUUGGUCAGCAAUGUCAGAUUCUCAGAUACUUUACGAAUUCUUACAUGUGACAUAUCUCAGAAUAAAGGAAAGCGAGUUGAGAGCUUUAAUAGUACCAGUUCUUCAGUAGAAAUGACUGACGGUUUUCAGUGUUCUCCCUACCCUGAAGUUGAUCGUUUUGUUCUUUCUUUGGUGAAUAGAAACGGCAUUAAAGGAGGAAUUCGGCGUUGGAACUACUUUUUCCUAGAAGAACUACUGGUUUAUGAUAUUUCUAAAUAUCGCUGGUGUGAAAACAUUGGAAGAGCCCACAAAAGUAAUAAUAUCAUGAUUCUGGUUGAUCUGAAAAAUGAAGUUUGGUAUCAAAAAUGUCAUGAUCCUGUAUGUAAAGCAGAAAACUUCAAAUCUGAGUGUUUUCCAUUACCUGCUGAAGUAUGUCUUCUGUUUCUUUUCAAAGAGGAAGAAGAGCUUACAACAGAUGAAGCAGAUGAAACUAGCAACAACGAAACCAAGAAUCCUCAUAAACUGUCACCUAGUAUGUUGUCAACAGGUGUAUCUUCUGAUGCUGACUGGGAUAACGGCAUUGACGACGCUUAUUUUUUAGAAGCUAGUGAAGAUGCUGAAUUAGCUGAAGCUGCAGAGAACAGUCUUCUCAGUUACAAUAGUGCAGCAGAUGAAAUUCCUGAUGAACUAAUUAUAGAAGUGUUACAAGAGUAGCUAAUUAACUAUGAACACUUACAUAACCAGGCUGUAAUUUGCCCGGUCUGUAAGAUUUGAUAACAUUAAGUUAUAGUAACUUAUUAAUAAGCCAGUUUACAUCAACUUAGUCUUAUCACUUUGUUUUCCAAUUUGUGUUUUUUUACUUAAGUAAACCA